GAGCGCAGGCCGGGCCCGACGGGGCGAGCGGCACAGCGGGAGCGGAGAGCGCCCGGCGCUGGAGCGGUCACGGAGGUUCGAAUAGCUCAUAACGAACAUCAUCACUGUCAAAUGCAAUGGAAGAGGGCAAGGUUGAAGAGGUGCAGGAUAUUGUACAGCUGAAUGUGUGAGACUGUUUGUACACAGCCAGGCACAAGUCUCUGUGCCGCUUUAAGGACUCCAUGCUGACUUCCAUGUUUAGUGGACGCUUUCCUCUGAAAGGACAUGUCUAAUUGACCAAGAUAUAAACCUGUUUGAAUAUCUUUUGGAUUAUCUUCAUGGAGAAGUUCAGAUUCUUGGAGAUAAACAAGAUUGAACUGCAUUGCAGGAGGAAGGAGAUUAUUUUGGAAUCCCUUAUCCAUAGAGUCUGCCUGAUCUUUUGGCCAAUGAAAUGGAGACACACUCUUCAAGGGAAGCUGGAAAUAACAUCCAAUAUAUCAGGAGCUAUUAUUCAGUAGCUGAGCUGAAAAAGAUGAUGGAUGCUUUUGAUGCCUGGGAAGGGAGAGGUGUCAGCUACUGGAGAGUGCCUCAGGAGCUGAUUGAAUGUUGGACUCAGGAAGAACACCCUCUGAGAGGCAGUUUGCAUCAUAUGCCUCCAGUUCAUAAAAGGUAAUUAAUUGACUAUACUGAAGUGGAAAGCUGUUUACCAGGUAAAGUAGGUCCUCAGCCAAUUAGAUUCUCAGGUCCCUCAACAAGUACCCACAUAAAAGUCAAGAAUUCAUCUUCAUUAAAGGUAGCUGCUUGCAGUGCUUCACAUUCUGCAGCAAUUCUUAAACGACCCCAUAGUGAAAGUCUGAUGCUGCGCAAAGAAGCUUCUGAAACCACAUCUACAGCACUCACAUCAGUGCUCAGCAAGUCUCAGGCUCCCCAUGGAAGGCAGAGUGCUGGCAAUGGGACACUGAGCCAAAUGCCAUUCCAAGCGGCAGGGAGUAAGAAGCCUGUGAACAAUGGCACAGUGAAGCUGAAAAGGACUCUGCUUUUUCUUGUGACACCAUCUCAGCCACCCUCUUCUGCAUCCAGUGAAACAAGUAAACAUGUUGCUGUUGAAAUUCCUAUGACUUCUACAGUACUAAAUAAGACAGCUGUAUUAGCAGAAAGUAUUACACUAAAGACCCAUAAAGUGGAAGGAUAAUGUUUAACUCAGUCUGAUAGACUGGACAGCUCUGCAUUAUAUGGUCGAAAAAGGGAUCAUUAUCUCAUGUGAUCCUUCAUUCAAAGAUUAGAUAGAAAAUUGUGAUGAAAAAGAUAAUGAAAAGCACAGGAAGAACACUUAUUUUAAGUGAGCACUGAAAUAUGUUUUCUGCUUUACUUCUA